CACAACUGCAGGUGGUUUGUGCGCGGCGCAGGCCGGAGGAGCUCCCUCCCGUCUGUCCCCUCGCCCCAGGAGAGGAGGCCGCCUGCGGCAGACGGACAGCAGGCUAGACAGACGCUCCGUUCCCCGGGCUCACCAUGAACCGGGCUCACCGGCACGGCACGGGCAGUGGCUGCCUGGGCACCAUGGAGGUGAAGAGCAAGUUUGGAGCAGAAUUUCGUCGAUCUCUGGAACGAUCUAAACCUGGAAAAUUUGAAGAGUUUUAUGGAUUACUACAGCAUGUCCAUAAGAUUCCCAAUGUUGAAGUUUUAGUAGGCUAUGCAGACAUUCAUGGAGACUUACUGCCUAUAAAUAAUGAAGAUAACUAUCAUAAAGCUGUUUCAACAGCCAAUCCACUGCUUAGAUUUUUAGUACAAAAAAAAGAAGAAGCUGACUACAGUGCCUUUGGUACAGAUACACUAACAAAGAAGAAGAAUGUCUUGACAAAUGUAUUACGACCUGAUUACCAUAAAAAGAAACCAAACAUAGUUAUUAGUAUGCCACAAGACUUUAGACCAGUGUCUUCCAUUAUAGAUGUGGAUAUUCUCCCAGAAACACAUCGAAGAGUUCGUCUUUAUAAGUACGGAACAGAAAAACCACUAGGAUUCUAUAUCCGAGAUGGCUCUAGUGUAAGAGUCACACCACAUGGCCUAGAAAAAGUACCAGGGAUUUUCAUAUCCCGGCUUGUUCCAGGUGGUCUGGCUCAAAGUACUGGCUUACUUGCAGUUAAUGAUGAGGUUUUAGAAGUUAAUGGAAUAGAAGUUUCAGGAAAAAGUCUUGAUCAAGUUACAGAUAUGAUGAUUGCAAACAGCCGUAACCUGAUUAUAACUGUAAGACCAGCAAACCAGAGAAAUAAUGUUGUCAGGAAUAGUCGGACUUCUGGCAGCUCAGGUCAAUCUACUGAUAACAGCCUUAUCAGUUACUCACCACAUAUUGAGACAAAUUUUGAUCCUAAAGAUGAAGAGAGUGAUGAAGAAGACAUAAUUAUUGAAGAUAAUGGAACGCCCCAGCAGAUACCCAAAGCAGUUCCUAUGGCUGAGAGUUUAGAAUCACUGACACAAAUUGAACUGGGUUUUGAGUCGACUCAGAAUGGUUUUAUUCCUAAUGAUGUGAGUUUACAGCACAUGAGUAGCACAAAGAUGGAUCAUGAGACACAUGCUUCAGAUCAAAAACCACUGGAAGAAGAUGGAACAAUUAUAACAUUAUGAUAUUUGUCAUCUGAGUGGCUUCCUAAAAUGAAGGUGCCAUAGAACUUUAACAUUUGGCUAUUCGAAAGCAUAUGUACCUCUGUACCAGUGACAUAAAGUGUACAUGCAAACAAUAAUGAAGCUUUAAAAUCUUCUGGCUAAUGUAGAUAACUAUUGUGGAUCAGAGGUGAAUUUGAGACUAGAAUUUAAAGGAGCAUUUGAAAGUAAAAUUAUGUACUCUGAUAUUGUCUGUAAGGGAUACUGUUAUAGUAAGGGAGUACGUUUUCAGUACUGCAAGAUUAAUUAGAUCAUUUCCAUUUGAAGUGGUUAUAUAUUUAACCUGCCAUGCAGAGCCCAGUAAAAUUAUUCUGUAUUAAUGCUCUUAGCUACAGUCUUCUUGUUCUGUGAAAAUCUGAUUUUGAAAAUCUGAUUCCACCCCUUUUGGUACCGUUAGGACCAGUUCUCUUUUCUUGGUUUACAGUAUUUUAUGACUGGUUUUUUGCAUUAUGCUUCUUUUGCUCAUUAAAACACAAUGUUUUAUGUUAACUUUCAAAGAAAUAAGAAUAAUCGACAGCUUUCAAAAAUUGUAGACUUUAUGAAACAAAUGAUUCCUGAAGACAUUGAAAUUUUAUGAAAGUUGUUUUAAGAUAGUACUCACACAUACUAUACCUUGUAAAAUUACUGAUGAACUUACUCCAUGUGGUUAUCACCUGAUGUCUUAAGAUUCCCUCUAUUUUUUUUUUUUAAUUUAAAUUUUUGUUUUUGUGGGGCAAUGAGGGUUAAGUGACUUGCCCAGAGUCACACAGCUGGCAAGUGUCAAGUGUCUGAGGCUGGAUUUGAACUCAGGUCCUCCUGAAUCCAAAGCCGGUGCUCUAUCCACUGUACCACCUAGCUCUACUCCCUUAAGAUUCCCUCUAAGACAAUUCCUUUUUACCACUUCUCAUGGAAAAAUAUCUUUUUUUGUUUGGUGUUGGUGUACAUUUGUGCCUUUAAAUGUACUCUAAUGUGAAUUUUUCAUGGGUGUAAUAUGCACUUGGAUUAAGAGAAGAGAACUACGUACAUAUAGGAUGAACUUGUGCACUUUUAUAAAGUUUUUUGGUUUUCAUUUAAUGGUAUUGAUCGCUGGAUUAUAGAAAGUUGCCUAUACUUUAGGACAAACUAUGCGUAGCAAAUGGAGUAUAUUCACAUUAACUUUUAUGAGGAUAUUUAUUGCUUUUAACACAAGCAUCCACAUAGAACUAGUAAUGCUGCUAACUUUCAUUCUUUGCUUAAUUUUUUUGUAUUUAUAAUUGUCAUGUGCAUGAACACUGUAUAUAGAUGUGCAUGUUUCCUUUUACUUAUGACUUAUGAACACAUUUCCCAAACUAAUUAUUUAUUAAUUAACUCUAUGAUGGAAUUAGUGUGAAUGCCUUUAUAACGUGCUAUUAAGAUGAAGAAUUAAACGACUCCAUUUUGAAGGAUUUAUAUAUAGUAAAAUUAUGUGAAGAAUGAAAGUAUUGCUAAAAUACUGAAUACCUAACACAGGAUACAUAAGUGUAUUUUGUUUAUAGUACCACUAAACUAAUACUGACUGCACAGCAUUAUGUAAUAUUAGGUUUUAUACUCAGAGUUGUUUUUAAGUUCACUGGAGUUCUUCCAUUCAUAUUCCACUGUUAUUUUUUUAAAGCAACUUUGGAGUGGAAUAACAAAAAGUUAGUACAUAGAUUGUUCAGUCAUUUUAUAUGUUAAUGGUGCAGGGGUUCAAAUUAAGCUUUUAAAAUAUAAACACUAGCCUUUCACACACUACCUCUUAAUUUUUUAUUUUACAAAGUUAACUUCUUUAAGCUUUUUCUUGGAAAAAUUCAGGACUUCAUAAAUUUUUAAAGAAUCCAAAUUUAGUUUUGUCAAAAAUUUUCUGAAGUUUCCAGAAAAUGGAAAUUCAAAGCUGCUAGCACAUUUUUAUACUAAUUACCUUGUUUAAGGAUAUAGAUAAACUUGAUUUUCAACCAGACUUCUGUAAAUGAAAGAUACAGCAAUUGGAAAAUGAUUUAUUUUUUAAGAAUAUUAUAAAAAUUAUUCUUACAUAAUGACAAUUCAAGUGCAUCUUAAUACAUAGCACACUGUCUGGAUUUAGAAUUAAAGUUAUUUUUCUCCUAUGAUGCUAAAAAAGAUAAACCAAACUGUGAAAUUUAUGUUCUAUAUCUUAACAGAGUUUAGGGGACAGAGUUCUCAUGAGCUGUCAACAAAAUAAUGUACUUUUGUGAAUAUUAUGAAUUUUCUAAUUAAAUUUUACAUGCUUUGUGAUUUUUACAUGAAUGAGAAUUGUAUAAUGUCAGUAUUUUUACUACAACUUUAAUAUAAAAUGUACAUUCAUUCAUAUUUCACUAA